AUGUCCGAGGUAACUGGAGCGAAAGAUGUGGAAGGUGAGAAUAGUCCUGUUGAGGAGGAUUCUGCCGGUGAAAUGACGUGGCCGGGACCUGACUUUGAUAAACAACGGUCUCUGGCCGCUUUGAAGCAUCCACUUUUUCUCCGUAAAAAGCGGGUGCAUUCGGCUUCCUUCAGUCACUCAGGAGUUAGCGGCGUUACAAUCGAUGGCGUUCCCUCCGACAUCCGGGCGCUGACUGCUGCACUGCAUCGAUCGAAUGUUAGCAGCACUCGGGUUCUUUACGGAAAAAAUAGUCGAAAGUCCCGUGACGGGCGACGUAUACCUAGCAAGCGAGGUGGGAAAAAUCACGAAGACCCUACCGACGUUCUGGAUGAGCUAGAACUUGAUCAUGGUGAUCCGGACUACGACUCCGAUGAUCCGGUAACUUUUGAGACCUUGAGUCCUCCCUUAUCUGACGAGGAGUUUGAGCGGAUAUUUUCGUCGCUAAUGAAUGAAUUCUUUGUUCAUGGGAAAACUCAGGAAGUUGUGGAUUCUUUGGCCGACUUAAACCUUGCCCCUCAUCAGCGCCGGCGGCUUCCAUAUCUGGCUAUCACCAUGGCUUUGCAACAUAAACAAACUCAAUACGAGUUGACAUCUGAAUUGUUAUCGGACUUGUGUGGAAAAGUAAUCAACCAGGCACACGUGCAGCAAGGAUUUUCACUCGUUCUUAGCGAGCUCGGUGAAAUUAUCAUUGACUUCCCCAAGGCGUCUGAGCAUGUUGGUCGCUUCAUUGCUCGAGCCAUGGUGGAUGACAUACUCCCUCCCAAGUUCAUCGAGUUCCAGAAAGCUGUAUUCUCCCAACCUGCAUCUGUGCAUUGCCAUGGUGAUUCCAAAAAUGGUGCGUCACCGCCUAUUUCUGCGCCUCCGGUUAACACACUAGAGUCUGUUGGUUUUGAACAAGGUCUUUCCACUCCGGACGCCCCAUCACGCCCGGGAACACGGAACCUUAGUGACAGCAGCAAUGGCCUGCAUCACACAAGCAUGGAUCAAAUGGUGGGUACAUCUGUCAGUAGCGGGAUUGGCUCAGCAUCUAGCCUCAGUGCUUCGAUGGUAACUCGCCCAGAGGUCGCCUUGGAGGCUUUGGUUAGGGCAGAAGAUCUGCUCAAUCUGAGCCAUGCCUUUGCACGAUUGGACAACAUUUGGGGUGUUCCUUUUGGACCAAAGGCAACGAAGGUCUUGAUAAAAAAGAUCCAAGGUCUGUUGAAAGCCUUCAUGGAAUCGGAUGAUCUGGAAGAGGCUACAGAUGCUUUGCUGGAACUUGACUCCCCACACUUCCAUCAUGAGUUGGUCUUUCAGGCUGUAAUAAUGGCGAUCGAACGUAGCACUGACGUUGCACGUGCACGCGUCGUCCGACUGCUCAAGGAGUUGUGCCAUUCAGUUGUGAUUACUCCCAACCAACUGGCGCUCGGCGUAAGGCGUGUCUACGCCGAAUUACCGGAUUUACAACUGGAUGUUCCAGCUGCUUACACGCUUAUGGAGCGUUUUGUGACUGCCGCACAUGCAGCCGGUUUUUUGCCAAAGAAACUCGUCUCGGAAAUGCCUGUCAAACAUCGCAAGCGCUUCAUUUCGGAGACCGACUCGAUUUACCGCACUGACUAUAACAUCAAGCCAUUGUGAUGGAGUCAACGGAAUGUAACUCGCCUAACAGCAUCUCAUUGCUACCAUUGUCUGCAGGUCCGGUGAUUACGCAUGACUUAUCCUUUUUGCCUCUUCAUUCCACUACCCAUUCUUGGUUAUUUCCCGAGUACCAUUCGUGAACUCCGACUUCACCGUUUUGUACCUAUUCGGGUACGCCCCUGCAGUUUGUCUCUUCUUCAGGACAUAUCUAUCCACUUAUGGCUUCCCGCUCAACAGUACAGAGACACCUUUCCCAUGCACACUAUUCUUCGCAGUGUUCAGUUGAGUGGUAAUCAGACGUGGUACUCUUCAACCCGAUUUUUUGUGCCCAUGUCGCCCUUACCAGCUUUUUCAACUAUUUCAUGGGUUAAUUUGCCAGUCUCUGACUCUUACGUUCGCUUGUAAGUUCAUGCCACCGGCCACUUCCGUUGACUUUCCAUUGGCAAUCAUGUAGGCAUAUCCGUUCGUGCCUAGCUAUUACAUUUUCUUACAUUCGUUUGGGUUCUAUUUGUCAUUUACGGGCUUAACUAAACCUAUUCACUUAAUUGUUUGUUUCGGAA